UCAAAUUUCAUUUCAAUUCAUCGUUUUCUCAUCGGUUUCAAACUUGGCAAAGUUCUCAUCUUUCUCCGACUUCCGCCGAGAUGCGACCCUCGCCGUCUCCGGCCCCUUCCGGCGAUGAAAACGUCGUUGGCAUCCUCUCCUUCGAGGUGGCGGCGGCGAUGUCGCGCGCCGUCCAUCUCCACCGCUCCCUCUCUGACGCGGAUAUCUCUCGCCUCCGCGCCGACACGCUUUCCUCUCCCGGCGUCCGCACCCUCGUCUCCUCCGACGAGAACUAUCUCCUCUCCCUCUCCCUCGCCGAGAAGAUCGACGCCCUCAACCGCAUCGCCGCCGUUACCGCCCGCCUCGGCCGCCGCUGCCGCCUCCCCACUCUCUCCGGCUUCGAGCACAUCUACUCCGACCUCCUCUCCGGCCGUAUCCAUCCUUCUCGCCUUGCUUUCUUAUCCAAAGACAUCGACGCCGCGUUUCGCAAGAUGGAACGCUUCGUCUCGUCCACCGCCAAGCUUUAUACCGAGCUCUCUGAUAACGCUCAUCAGGUGCUCGAUCAAAUGCCGCAAUGGCAACUCCGCAAUGCCUCUCUUUGGAACCAAACAUUUGAUAAGGUUGUCCUUCUCUUAGCUCGCGCAGUGUGCACCAUUCAUGCCAGGAUCCAAGUGGUAUUUGAAAGUCGUCAGCUUUAUCACUGCCCACCUUGUUCUACCUCUAGGAAAGCAGUGUCUUUUCCCGGGCCUUGUGCUUCUAGCCCUGGGAGGUUUCUCAUGGAAUGCCUCAGUUUGAGUAGCUCUAACUCUCCGUCAUUGAAUGAUGUUUUUGAUGAAGAGAAUUUCGAUAAGGAGAGUAAUGUUAGUAGAGAGGAGAAGUGCGGCAAGAAUGAGAGCUUGUGGUUUGGGCCGAAGAGUAGUUUGACGAUGCUUGCUUCAUCGUCUACUGUCGGUGGUUCUGCUCUUGCUUUGCAUUAUUCAAAUGUUAUUAUCAUCAUAGAAAAGUUGAUGCAAUAUCCGCAUUUGAUCGGCGAGGAAGCCCGGGAUGAUUUGUACUUGAUGUUGCCUUCGAGUUUGAGAAUUACUUUGAGAAAGAGUUUGAAGUCUUAUGUUAAGAAUCUUGCGAUUUAUGAUGCUCCUCUCGCCCAUGGUUGGAAGGAGAAGAUGAAGAGCAUUUUGAGCUGGUUAGCGCCGAUGGCGCAUAAUAUGGUUCAGUGGCAGAUGGAGAGGAACUUUGAGCAACAACAGAUUGUUCUGAGGUCCAAUGUGCUUCUGCUUGAGACUUUAUAUUUUGCUGAUAGGGAGAAGACCGAAUCUGCAAUAUGCGAGCUUUUGGUUGGGUUGAAUUAUAUGUGUCGAUAUGAGCAUCAGAAGAAUGCAUUGUUUGAUUGCUCGAGUAGUUUGAACUUUGAUAAUUUUAUUGGUUGGAAGGGACAAUGCUGAAUUCGUCUUUCUGGUAUUGCUAAUUUUAUUCUCAUUGAAGUAAUUACCUGAUGAGUAAUGUUAUUUAGGAGGUAUGGAAACUUUAAUUUCUGUUGUAUAUAGACUUAUGUCCAGUUUGAUGAAUACAUUGACUCUGAUGAAUGCUCUUCUGAUAAAUAUAUAAAUAUCUUCUUUUUGUAUGUCGUGAUGAUAGAAUCCUGCCGAUUGUUUCAUUGAUUGAUUUUACAGUGCUGCUAUUUUUCAGUAAUUUCAUUUACUGUCAUGCUUUUGCAAAUCAAAAACAUUUAACUCACAUUGGAAUAUCAUAUUGAGGUACAAUUUACAUUCGGACGGAAAUACUUUCAACUCACUUUUACAUUUUGUUCUUGGAGCUAUUUUACUGCUUUUCAUAUACAAAUGUUUUGAUCAAUUUGAUACAUAAAAAUGAAUAAACUUUAUCAUUCUUUUGUGGUUUGUUCAAAAUUUGGCCUUCAAUCUUUUAUAUUCCAUGAACAUUGCUUGUCUGCUGCCCUAGUUAAAUCAGGUAUGAAUUUUGGCACUGGAUAAAGAAAAACAGCAACAAUCACUCAAAGUAAAUUUGAUAUGAUGAUACAAUCGCUUUGUUUUGCAGGUUCAUGACACUAUGGUUCUGCAUGAAUUUGCAAAUUGAAAGUGCUCUUCAGCCUUAUAUUAUGAUAUCAUCUAAUGAAACUCAAGCAUAAAUUCUGGCAUUGUUCUUCGCAUUAUGAAUUGAUGUCUAAGCUUGGCUUCCCCUAAACGGCAAAUUGAAAGUGGUCUUUAACCAUAUCACGUGAUGAAGCUUGAGCAUAAUUCUUGCCAUCGAAUGACGGGUCAAAUUCAAUACAUAAAUCUUGAUGUGAUGAUACACUCUUGCUUUGUUUUGCAGGUUCAUGACAUUAUGAAUUAAUAUCCAAGCUCAACUUCACCUAAAUUGUGGCAUUGAAUUUAUAAUACAAGCAACGAUAGAUUCAUGACAUUAUGAAUUGAUAUCGGAACUCGGCUUCCCUUUCAUUUGCCAACCUUUAUGCUUCAAGAAUUACGAUUUAUCGACGAAUGUACUCGUUUUCCCCGAAUUGAAGGGAUUCUUUUUGGACAUGUUUUUAAUGUUCUGUGAAUUCAUCAACCAAUUUUGUGGUUGAAGCUUUAAAGUGCUGGAUUCAAUGCUUUUCAUAUUGCCUGAUAAAUUUUCAAGAUGUUGAUGUUCA